GUCCUCAGGCACAGUACUCGCCCCAAUAGUGUACGCAAUGGACCGCUGGAUCGGAAAGGUGGCGAUCGUAACCGGUGCAAGCUCGGGCAUUGGUGCAACGGCAGUGAAAGCCCUGGCCACCGCCGGCAUGGUCGUGAUCGGACUGGCACGCCGUGCCGAGCGUGUUCUGGAGCUGAAGAAAACUGUCCCACCGGAAGUGGCACACCGAAUACACUCCCACCGCUGUGAUGUGACCAGUGAGCAAUCGAUAGUGGACGCUUUUGCGCUGAUCGAUCAUCAGUUUGGCGGUGUGGACGUGCUGAUCAACAAUGCCGGUGUGUCGAAACUGACCUGCACGCUGCUGACGGCGGGCAAUGGGGCAGACUUACGCACGGUACUGGACACGAACGUGAUGGGUCUUGUGCUGUGCAGUCGCGAGGCAUUCCAGUCGAUGAAGCGCCGCUCGAUCGAUGGCCAUAUCGUGAACAUUAACAGCAUCCUCGGCCACAAGUACAUCGGCUUUCCCAACCUAAACAUCUACGGUGCAUCCAAGUAUGCCGUUACCGCGAUAACGGAAACGUUGCGCAAUGACCUGCGCAACGAAGGUACGCGGGUGAAGGUUACGAGCAUCAGCCCGGGCAUCGUGCGGACGGAGAUGGUCCCGGAGGGUGACCAGUUUCAAGAUACGCCCAUGCUGGAGGCGGACGAUGUUGUCAGUGCGAUUCUGUAUGCGCUCGGGACGCCUCCUCAUGUGCAGGUGCACGAGGUUAUCAUCAAGCCGGUGGGCGAAACGAAUUAAAUUCAAAACA